GAUCUGCCAGCGAUCCACGGGAAGGUUUCGCCGGCACAGGUCGUCUUCGUACUCAAGGUGCAGACUAGGUGCGCCCACGCUGGACCACCCGCCCGCUCGGCUCCAGAAGGCAGGCGUCGGGACGUGGCCCGAAUGGGCGAAGCUGUGAAGCAGCUCGCAGAACUAAAGAUCCAGGCGCUCCAGAAAGGCAAGCUGGAGGGACUCACCUUCAAGCUUCAACGCAUCCUCGUGGAG